GCUGAUGUGAUAAUCUUUGAUCUAAACACAAUUAAAGCAAUCACAGAUAACUUUUCUGCUGAUAAUAAACUUGGAGAAGGAGGGUUUGGUUCUGUUUUCAAGGGUAAGUUGAAAAAUGGGAAACUUGUAGCUGUCAAAAGGCUCAAAACAAAUUCAGAUCAAGGGAUAGAAGAAUUCAAAAAUGAAGUUAUGCUGAUUGCAAGACUGCAACACAGAAAUCUUGUGAGGAUUUUAGGAUAUUGCAUUCAACAAAGGGAGAAGAUGCUGGUCUAUGAGUACAUGCAAAAUAAUUCUCUUAAUAACUGCAUUUUUGAUAAUGUGUUGGGGAGUUCUCUAAACUGGAAAAGACGUUCUGAAAUCAUAUCUGGAAUUGCUCAAGGAUUGUUAUACCUUCAUCAAGAUUCGAGGCUAAAAAUUAUUCAUAGAGAUUUAAAAGCAAGUAAUAUUCUCUUGGAUGCUUCCAUGCAACCAAAAAUAUCUGAUUUUGGAAUGGCAAGAAUUUUCAGAGAUGAGCAAAUUGAAGCGAACACAAAUCAAGUUAUUGGAACAUAUGGUUAUAUGUCACCGGAAUAUGCCAUGGAAGGUCACUUCUCAGUCAAAUCUGAUGUGUUCAGCUUCGGUGUUUUGAUGCUUGAAAUAGUGAGUGGAAAGAAAAACAAAUAUCAACACACAAGGAAUUCUGUGAAUUUAAUAGGAGAUGUAUGGAGUUUUUGGAACGAAGAAAAGCAUUGGACAUUGUUGAUCCAUUAAUAGGAAGGGGUAAUUCAACUGAUAUUCGAGAAAUGUUGAGAUGCAUUCACGUUGGAUUGUUGUGUGUGCAGCCGCUACCACAUAACAGACCAAACGUUUCAGAAGUGAUUUUUAUGCUAAAUAAUGAAAUAGAACUUCCUCGUCCUAAUCCACCUGGAUUUAUGGUAAAACAAGGAAAUAUUACUCAAAUGGAAGGUCGUUAAAUUGUUUGAGUUUUUUAAUUUUUACGGGUAUAUAUAUUAGUUACGGCCGGGAAAGUCAUCGCUCGUCCAAUUACAAUCAAAG